GACACCACCAACAUGGCGGAUACUGAAGAACAAAUUACUACUCUUGCCGAUCGUGUUGGUAAAAUAGAAGUAGGCGAUUCCAAAAUUGAUAUAUAUCGAAAAGUAUUGAACUUGAUUGAUGUGGAAUGCUACGUAGAAGCCUUGGAUGUUAUCCAAAAGUAUUUAGGCGGGCAGGAUGCUAUGUAUGAAAGAGUCUAUUGUGCUUUCCAUUUAAAACAAGAUUAUCCUGCAAUAAAUGAUUCCCAUUUUAUCCAACACUUGGAAGCUCAAGAGGCUUACCGUAAAUCAGAUUUCUCAAAAGCUAUUGAAAUUUACGAAAAGCUUCAAAGGGAACUGCCAGAACAACAAUCUGAUAUUCAAGUGAAUGUGCUUGCUGUGGCUUCUCAGCUUCCCGGAUGGCAAAUUGAAAGCAUUCCUUCUUUGGAAGAUCAAGAUUCUCAGUUUAACUUAGCUACUCGUUACUUGACUCUUCAACAAUGGAGCAAGGCCAUUGAUUUGCUGUCUUCUUUAACCGGAAAUUUAGAAGCAAAAGAUUCCCUGUCUUCAGAAGAAGAAUCUCAUGUAAACUUGUGUCGUCUGCAGUUGGUUUAUGCACAUUUAAUGGCUGGUGAGGUGCAAAAAGCUGAAGAAGAAUCCAAGAAAAUAGCUUCAGCAAGUCUCGAUGAAACUUCACGCGUUCUGUUUGUUAAUAAUGUCUUAUGCCUAAACAAUGAAAAUCCCUAUCUUGCAUUUCGUAAUAUUCAUGAGACUCCUGUUGAGAAGGCCUUUACAAAGCUGUUAGCUUCUCAAAGCUUACAACUUGUGCGAAAUCUGGCCCUGCUGGACAUGGCCGUUGGUAAGGUGCGGGCUGUUCACAAGAAGGAGAAGGAAAGGCGUGCCCAGGAGGAUAAACUAUUUUAUGGUGUUCUCAUGUCAGAACACGAGAAAGGUUCACUUUCAUCUUCCAAGAAGCUUCCUGGAUUUUUAAUUAAUAAGUUCAGAAAAAAUCCUGCUGAUGCUUGUAGCGCCCUUUUGCUAAUUCAAUUCAAAAUUUCAUGUGAGAAUUAUCGCGGCGCAUUAGCUGUGUACAAGAAAAUGUGUGGAGCAUUAGAAGGUUCUGAAAAUUUUGCAUUGCGGUAUUCUCCUGGUAUGGCCGGUUUAGGCGAUGCACUCCUUUCUAAGGUUCAACAUUCUCAAACUCCAAGUACCGAAAAUUUACAUGCUGCUGCUAGAUACUGGACGGGUAAACCAAAUUGCCACGCCAAACUUCUAUUAUGCACACGUUCAUUAUUAGCUUCGAUUGAUGAGAAGGCAAGUGUGGAUGUCGUGCAAAGCGGUUUGAAGACUAUUGAGAAAUUAAUUGCUUGGAGGGGUCCUGUUAGUGAGUUGGUUUCCAGCGAAGUGGCUGCCCUUUGCUAUAUUGAUGAAUCCAUUAGUAAAUCACUUGAAAGCCAUUUAAUUUCUGUGUCAGAUUUGAUAGGAAGCGUUGAUAUUGAUGCUGUUGAGUCCAAAGGAGUUCCAGUAUCUACUACUAUUGGAUCAUUGAAGCGUGAAGCAAAUAAUGACGCUUCGAAGAAAACGAGAAAGCGCAGAAAGCCUACGCCAAAGAAUUUCAAUCCAAACACAGCGGCAGAUCCUCAACGCUGGCUUCCCAAACGAGAUCGGACAAAUGUAAAGAUAAAAAACAAAGGCAGAAACAUGCAAGGAAUUGCUACUUAAGAACCAGGUUAUGUCAUGAAUAUAUGUAGUUUUUCUUUCUCAGUUUCACUGUUGAUGGGCAAAAUGGUUCUAUCCAUAUAAAAGGUUUCUACGAAAAUAAGAAUUUACUAGGUAAACGUUUUUUAGAAUAUUAAAUUUUUUCACUUAAAUUAAAA